AUGCGACUUCGCUGUUAUCUUGAUGCCGAUGGCCAUCGUGUAUACACAAUGAAGUACGUCGAUCCUGACGGAAGGCCAACCCAAUCUGCUCAUCCGGCUCGGUAUUCCCCUGAUGAUAAGUACUCCGAGCAGCGCAUCAUCCUGAAGAGGAGGUUUAACCUUCUCCCAACUCAGCAACCCCCGCUUACUUACUAG